AUGGGUUUGUGUCUUGAUCUUUGGGCUUUCUUUCGAAAGCAGCGGCGCUCAAAGCCUGACCUGCAUCCCAGCAACUCCACAAGCAGUCGCGACUCGACCAAGGGCCUGAGGAGCCUGUUUCCUCUGUCAAAACCGCAGUCCAAGACGUCAACAACAUUGGACGAGCAAUCAAAGGUCGAAAAAGGACCCCUCGGGCUAAGUCUUCUGUAUUGCCCAACAGAGCCCGAGAUCGACCUCAUCUUUGUUCAUGGCUUGGGCGGCAAUUCAAGAAAGACAUGGAGCAAGUCGUCCGCAGACCGGUCUCACUUCUGGCCUGAGGACUGGCUCUCCCAGGAUCCAGCAUUCAGAAAUGUCCGUAUUCAUAGCUACGGAUACGACUCGUACUAUUUGAAGGGAAAGGAGGACUGCUUGAAUGUUCAUCACAUUGGCAAGUCAUUCCUGGGUGCGAUUAGCAUCGCGCCGUGCAUUGCUAAUUCCAAGACUUACAUCGUCGUUAUCGGUCACAGUAUGGGUGGCCUGGUAAUGAAGAAGGCAUACAUCUUGGCGAAACAAGAUGCAGAACACAAAGCGCUGGCUGGACGCUUCGCCGCGUUCUAUUUCCUCGCUACGCCACAUCGUGGUGCCAACUCAGCAAAGAUGCUCAAGAACCUGCUCAAGAUCGCGUACGAUCGUACUUAUGUUGGCGAUCUGGAGCCGAACUCUGAAGCAGUCCAAGUGAUCAAUGACGAAUUUCGUCACUUCUCAGCUGACCUGGAGCUCUGGUCGUUUUAUGAAACACAGAAUAUGAAAUAUUUCAGCUCACUUAUUGUCGAUCCUGAGUCAGCCGUCCUUGGAUACCGUGGAGAGAAGCAAAUACCAAUGACUGCUGACCAUCGUUCAAUAUGCAAGUUUGACACACCUCAAGAUUCCAAUUAUAUACUCCUACGAGACUCACUUGCCUCAACAGUGAGCAAAAUUACUACGGCAAUUCCGGAGAAGAGGCAUGAGAAGAUCAAGGCACUCAAGGAUUACCUCCAAGUUUCCGAUAUGUUGGACGAUGAUCUAGCAAACGUUUGCGAAGCUCGGAUGCGCGGAUCGUGCGAGUGGAUUUCGCACAAAGACAACUACAUCAAAUGGAGGGACGGCGAAGAAGGAAAUGGCAGUACGUUAUGGAUCAAAGGCAGGCCUGCAACUGGGAAAUCCGUCCUGGCCGGUUACGUUGUCGAUCAGCUCAGGGAGUCCGGUCAGGCUUGCAGCUACUUCUUCUUCAAACAUGGAGACAGGUCCAAGGCCAACCUGGGUCGUUGCCUCCGACGUCUGGCCUUCCAGAUGGCGACCUUGAACGCUGAAGCCAGUGAUGCCAUCCUAAAGAUGCAGGCGGACGGUAUUUCUUUCGAUGGCGUCGACGAACGUACACUCUGGAGGAUCUUGUUUCUUUCUGGUAUCUUUAGGGCUACAAUGACUCGGCAAUACUGGAUCAUCGAUGCCUUGGAUGAGUGCUCAAACCCCCUGGUCCUUUUGAAGGCCAUUCUUCCCAACAUGGACGAGUCCAUACCACUGCGGAUUCUAGUUACAAGUCGAGAUACGGUCGAGUUAGAUCAAGGUUUCAUGGCCAUCCCACCAAACAUGGUCCAGGUUCUUCCAGUAUCGAUAAUGGAUACACAAUCAGAUCUCAGACUUUUGAUUGAAAGUCGGAGCCAAGCCUUAGCAAUCGCGAGACCUGAGGAUCGAGGCGCAUUGGCCGAGAAGAUUUUAGAUAAAUCUAGAGGGUCUUUCUUGUGGACUAUUUUGGUCAUCGAGGAACUUCAACGCUGCCACAGUAGAAAGGAAAUCCACCAGAUCCUUGAAGAUGUUCCCAGUGGCAUGAAGUCACUAUACAAGCGGACUCUCGACUACAUGUCACAAGUCACUCGAGGAAAGGAGCUGGCCAAAACCAUCCUGAUGUGGGCAGCAUGUGCGGUGCGACCAAUGACGAUUGGUGAACUUGAUGGCGCUCUGACCUUGGAUAUCCACGAUUCGUUCCCAAACUUGGAGGAGAGUAUCGCAACGCUCUGCGGUCAGUUGGUGAUCGUAGACAAGCAGGGGAGAGUCAAUAUGGUGCAUGAAACUGCCAGAGAAUUCCUAAUAGCUGGUGGAUUAGAGUCUGAGUUCUCCAUCGACGUAACUCAAGCUCACACUCGAAUGGCGGAGGUGUGUCUGAGUUACCUCGUGGGAGAUGAAAUGAAGCCUCCAAGGAACAGGCGCCGCCGUUCUUCAGCAAAUUUACCAACAAGACAAGAUUUCGCCAUCUAUGCAUACACAGCAUACCCAUACCACCUUUCAAAGGCUGAUCCAUUGGCGGCAGGGACAUUCCAGCUUAUCACACAGUUCCUGAAAUCCAAUGUACUCACUUGGAUCGAAACGAUUGCCCACUCCCAGAAUCUCACUCAACUCAUCCGUGCCUCCAAACAUCUCAAAGCCUACAUGAAUCGAUGUAUCGUUGAGCGCUCACCACUAGAUCCUCAGAUGCGGGCACUACGACAAUGGAGCAUGGAUUUGGCUCGGAUUCCUGCCAUGUUUGCUAAUGCCCUCACGGUAUCACCAUCAGCAAUAUACUCAUUGAUACCUCCAUUCUGUCCCACUGAGUCAAUGAUACAUAAAGCCGGGGGCUCAAAUCAGAGGCUCGCAGUCCUUGGUGCGUGUAAUGAGCAAUGGGAUGAUAGAAUGUUGUGCAUCGAUUUUCGUAAGGGUCAACCAAGGGCCUUGCGCUAUGGAGACGGGUUCCUGGCCAUCGCACUUAGCUCAGGGACUGUCGUACUGUAUUAUGUUGCAUCCUAUCAGGAGUACAAGGCCCUGGAGCAUGACGAAGCUGUUAACUUCAUUGCCUUCAAGACUCAAUCCGACUUCAUGGCAACCUGUGGUAUCAAGACGACCAAGAUCUGGGACCUCAGAACCGGGCAAGUGGUCCACACCCUCGUUAGCCCCCCACGUCCGCUGGGGAUGGAAUUUGAUGGAGAUACGCUCUUUAUUGCAAGUCGCAACAACUGCAUAUAUAGUUGGAAUCUGGGUCUUGACGUCCAGCCCGAGUCGGUGCGGAGGCCAUGGGGCGAUGCCAAUACACCAGAGACGAACCGAAUACCUCUACAGGGGGUUCCAUGCGCACUAACUCUCUCAACCAGUCAUGGCAUGCUUGCUGUCGCUUACAACGGUCAGCCCAUCAUACUAUGGGAUAUGGAAGAGGACACUUAUGCCGGUAGCUGCGGAAAGAAGCUCUCAAGUGGAGAGACAUCCACGCAUGUCGUCGUAGCGCUUGCUUUUAACCCCAAUCCUGACAUAGGCCUUCUUGCAGUCGCAUAUCUCGACGGUGAUCUCGCCCUCCUUGACCCUUGCACCGACCGGCAGCUGGAGUGCUUUCGUGCCAAUUGCCAAACCCUCUCCCCAAGCUCCAAUGGGCGUUUUCUUGCAGCAGGCUGUGCAAAUGGAAUCAUCCAUGUUUACGAAUUUGAUACGUUCAAACUCCUCUAUCGGGCCAAGUCAACCAACUCCUAUAUCAAGCAACUCGCUUUCUCCAAGGACAGUAUGCUGCUUGCCGAUAUACGAGGGAGUCAGUGCACUGCCUGGAAACCUGAAGCACUGCUGCGGGAGUCCCUGAGUGAUGACAGCAGUGGGCUUACUUCUGCGACAUUGAUUGAGACGGUUUCCAUGGAGGCGAAAGCCAAGGUCACUUCUAUCGCGGUCCAUCACACGUCCGCAGUAAUCUUUUGUGGGAAGGAUGAUGGGUCAGUCGUGCUGUAUGAGCGAAAAACAGCAGCAAGCUUGGGGAUUCUUUACAAGCACAAAUCCCCAGUUCGUCUGUUGACUUGGAUUGAAGAGAGAGAUUCUCUCCUUAGCGUCGACGUUUCCAACCGGAUCUUUUUGUACAGAAUCCAGAGGUCAGCGGACAAAGGCUGGCUCACUGAUCCAGCAGUACACUUCAAGACCCGCCUCGACUCUGGGAAGGCAAUCACAGACGUCUCAAUAGGAGAAGCCGCGGCUAAAUUCCUGGUGUCAACUCGCGAGUCUGAUCAUUUGUUCGACUUGAAUAACGGCAAAAAUGAGAUGGAGCGUACAUAUCCGCAAAUACCAGGCACCCGGAAAUGGUUCCCUCAUCCGCAAUCCUCCCAACAUCUGAUCUGCGUAGACAAUGUCAGAGUAUGCGCCUACAACUGGCGCGACAUGACUGAAGUCUCUUCAAUGACAUUUUCAUUAGACGACCAGACGGUAGAACUUACAAAUGCGACCUUGUAUUCACUUGGUCAAGAACACAGAAUCAUGCUCCAUUUGGCGCAUCCAAGAAGUUCCACAAAAAUCAGCAGAAUUGCUAUCAUCGACUUAGACCGUCUUUCCGUCAAAGGCAGCGACACUAGCUUCUUACAAAGGAAGCAACCAUAUGCUCUGGCGACGCUUGAUCAAUCUACCACUGAUGACGACAAGGGAGAUAUUGUCAAGCCGUCGAACCCGGCCGCUGUACCUUGUUCACGUGUGACUCAAUUCGAAGUCAACAUUGCUCAUGUCAUAGGAGUUGAUGACUCAAGCAAACUCAUAUUCCUGAACCAGUCUUGUUGGGUAUGCUCCGUUGAUCUCAGCGCCAGCGGGUUGGCGAUUACGCAGCGUGGAGAUGACCCUUCGAUAGAAGUCUUUGAGCACUUUUUCAUUCCGUACGACUGGUUUGCUGGAAAGAAAGACAUUAUUUGUACCUUGGCAAAGGGAGAUGUUGCACUAACUCGAGGUGGCGACCUGGCAGUAAUUAGGGGUGGUAUUGAGUAUAACGAGGCCGCAUUUCGUACGGUGGUCUGGACUGCUACGUAA